AAAUACUUUUUUUUUUUUGGUUUUGGAUACAAGGGAAAGCAACCAAUGGAGAUAAAGAAAACAAUCAGACAUGCGUCUUCCUCUUCCUUGCUUCUUCGUUUGUGUCGAUAGCGCUGCAACGUUGCUUCUCACGGCAAUGUUGCUUCUCGUUUUAUGUAAAUAUUCGUUGCUUCGAUCCAUUCUGUAAGCAUGCGUAAUAUUUAAUCUUCGCAUCUUUGACCUGAUAAGUUCGGCAAAUUCUAAUGACGCUGAAGGAAACCUUGAAAAGUCAUCAAUUAUAAGAUCGUUUGAUCUGAAAAGCUCUCUAUCUUUUCCCCCUUCAUUUUAUACUGUUACUUAGAUCAAGCUAUGGGUUUAGGUAUAUCAAUCUUGAUAGGCCUAAAGGCAACUGUUUUAUUCCUGUUCUUCAUCUUCCUUAAAAAGCUUGGUUUCAAAUUGUUAUCAAUACCAUUUUUGUAUGCGUCUUUGGUGUCUUUUCUGAUCUCAAUAGCUUCACAUCCAUCGAUCAAUCUUCCCAUGCUUUUGGGGAAAAACCGAGAUGGGAGUAUUCCCAUUUGGUCUAUUAUAAUGUUCAGCCCAUACCUGUGUUUUGUUAGGGUUUUUUCCAUAUUGAGGAGAUUCUUGAGUGGGGAAGAACCUCACAGUGAAAUUCUUGAGGGGUUGUAUGUUGGCGGGUGGCCUUCUUCGCCUGCUAAUAUGCCGCCUGGUAACCCUGCCAUUAUUGAUUGCACUUGUGAAUUUCCGAGGAGGUCAGAGUUCAAGGGACAUGCCUAUUUAUGCGUCCCUACUUGGGACACAAGAGCACCUCAGCCGGGAGAGAUUGAAUUGGCCGUCAAAUGGGCUUGUAGAAAGAGAGCUCAGAACAAGCCAGUGUUCAUCCACUGUGCUUAUGGUCAUGGAAGAAGUGUUGCUGUGGCAUGUGCAAUAUUGGUGGCUUUAGGUGUGGUAGAAGAUUGGAAAAAUGCAGAGAAGUACAUCCGGGAAAGACGGCCUUACAUUCGGAUGAAUUCUCUUCAUCACAAAGCCUUGGAAGAGUGGUCCAAACACAGGAUAUCUUCUCCUAGGGUUAAUCAUAAGGAUAAUCAUCUAAGUUCUUGACUACUGUGCAAUGCCUCUGGACAGAAACAAUCAGAUGGUCUGGGAAACAAAACUGACUGAUUUAGUCUCUUAAUUAUGUUGAUAUUUACGUUUUCUUCAACAGAUUACAAUAAGCUGAAUCUGACAUUGGGGUUGUAAAGAGUAUGAAGUGUGUUUCGUAUAUAAUUCAAGUGAGAUAUUUUUUUAA